AUGGGUUUCGAGUAUGGAUUCUCAUAUAGAUAUAAUUCAAAAGCUGAUUGGACUCCACAUGGAAUGAAGUUAUUCAAAAAUGAAACUGGAGUACCUGAUAAAAUACUUCAUACAAAAAUGGCAGUGAGAAAGAGUCUGAACGAAGUUAUAAUCUCGAAAGUUUUCGUGAAAUCAAUGUUCGAAAAAUUGAAUAUGAAUAGAAUAAUCAAGUUAUUCGACGAUAAUGACUAUUAUGGAGUGGAUGAGAUGCUGGUUCAAACACUUUAUGAAAAUUAUCUUGGUCUGGACGGACAGAUGGAAGCAAAUUGUACAAGGUCCCAUAAUGACAUUUUAACAAGGUUAACUCAUUGGGAUUUCGGUGGUCCAAAUGGAUUCGACAGAACGUGUCAUUCGAAAUGGAAACGUCAUGGAAUCUGUAUCAUGGGAGUUGAAUAUUUGAAUGAACUUUUGAAAAGUCAAAAAGUAUCGGCUAACAAGGUGUUAUCAACUUUUGAUUUCGGGACAAUCGCUUGUAUGCGUGAGAUGAUCAAAAGAAAUACAACAGGUGAAACGCCCAGUACAGUGUGGUUGACUUCGUUUCCACAGUUUCGAGAAAUGCAAAAGAAAGCGAACGGCACAUACGACAGAAAUACAUUUGAUUGUUGA